AUGGCACCCCGAAAGCAACCCAAAACAUGCCAACACACAUCCAUCAUCGUCGACGCCUCAGAAUACGGCCGCACAAGACCCGGAUUCACCCGCGUACCCGUUAAGAAACGCAUUGCGGCGACGACGCGGUCUGGGAGGGUUGUGCCGAUUGCGGGUGCGGGUGCAGACGCCGGUGUCUCCAACUCCACCUCUUCCGGCCCCGAGUCCGGAUCUGACGUCCCCGCACCCGAUCCCUCCACUUUUCCCGGUCCGCUUGUUCUACCCGACGACGACCUCGCGCUGGAACCUCGGAAUCGGAUUACGGAGGGGAGGAAGACGCUUUAUAUUGCUGAUUUUCCGGCGGUGGAGGAGGGUACCGCCGCGAUGGUGAGGGGGUGGGAGGUUCCUGAGCUGGAGGAGGCUGCAAUGGAUGGAUUUGAAGGGGGGUUGAAGCAGCCGAGGGUUGAGGAUGUUGUCUCGUAUUUUGAGGCGUUUUAUCAUCCUCUUCAGGUGAAGGUUCUCCCCACGGCGUUCAGGUUUGUGAAGUGGGAUGACGAGAGCAAUCCCCCUCGCGGCAAGUCCAAGGAGAAACAAAAGAAGAAGCCAUUCAUGAUCGGUCUCGCAACCGGAUCUUCCGCCAACGCAACAGUCAUCGGGAUCCGAUGCCGCCCCUCCCCAGACGGCCUCGCAAAAUACCAACUCAACCUCAACGACCUCCUCGACGCGCUUUUAGGGGUUCUCCCGGGUGACGCGUAUGCUGCGUGUAUGCUCGUCGCGCAGGAUCUUCGGAUUUGUACUGUGAGUUCAUUUCGGUAUCGGCCUGCGAUGGAUGGGGUUAUGGGGGUUGAGAGGGGGCAUGGGUGGCCUGCGAGUCAUUGUGGACGGUUUGUGAGGAAGGCGUGUGAGUGGUGGGUGGAGCAGGAGGAGAUGGAGAGGGAGAAAGAGGAAGGUAAGGGUGGUGAGGGGAUGGAUGGGAAGGGGAAAGGACAUGGAAGGUUGAAGAAAGGGAGAAUGAAGGAGAAGGAUGGUGGUGGUGAGGUUCUUGUUGAUUUGAGGAAGGUGAAGGGGACGGCUAUGGGCGCUGCAAUUUCCGCGUCAAGAAAUACCCUCGUAUCACGGGAAGCAUCACGGAAUAAGAGGCAGGCGGAGGAGGACCUGUACGGCAUGUGGUUUUCACGUGUUGCGAGGACAGCGGUUCAUGAAGUGGGUCACUCUCUUGGGAUGGAUCACUGCGUGUACUACGCUUGCGUUAUGCAAGGUACGGGAGGGUUAGGUGAGGAUUCGAGACAGCCGCCGUACCUUUGUCCGGUUUGUGAGGCCAAGUUCGUAUGGGGAUUGGGGGAGAUGGAGAUUGUUGAGGGGGGAAGGGGAGGGAGGUGGAUGGAGGGAAGGAUGAGGGAAGUUGAGAAGGACAGGAUGGAAGUUAUGGGAGCUUUUUGUGAGAGCUGGAAAGGGGUUGGGAUGUUUGCUGGGUUCGGGGGGUGGUUGGAGGCUAGGUUGAAGAAGGAGUUUGGAGGGGAGGAGGGCUCCAAGAGGGAGUUGAAGGAGGUACGGGAGGUUGACGUGAUCGUGAUCGAUUCAGAUUAA